AUGCCGAUGCAUCAAGGUCUGAUUCCACGCGAGGGCUUCUGUGCCGAUGUCGUCCUUCGCCUCUUCCGUCGUACCGUGCUAAACCCGGCCCUCUUGUUCCCACUUGUGCUGCUCGCUCGCUUCACAAAGUCGGGCCAAGACCUCGCCAAACUCCAUCCCGCCUCCCGACAUCUCGGGACGCUCUUCUGCGUCGCCCUUGCCCGCUGGGCCAGCGAUUGGGCGUCGGAAAAGGCUCAAAAUAAUUGGGUCAACGACAAGUAUGAUUGGACUCGAGAGAUUGUGCUGGUAACUGGCGGUGCCGGAGGCAUCGGAGGCCAUAUGGUCAAGCUGCUCGAUGAGCGGGGCAUAACGGUCGUGGUCCUGGAUGUCCAGCCCAUGUCCUUCGCCGUCUCGGCCAACGUGCACCACUUUCAAUGCGACCUUCGCUCGCCCGAAAACGUGGAAGCCGUGGCCGAAAAGGUCAGGGCUCAGGUCGGACACCCGACUGUCGUCAUCAACAACGCCGGCGUGGCCCGGGGCAAGACGGUAUUGGAAGCUGAGCCGGGCGACGUCCGCUUCACUUUCGACGUCAACUCGCUUGCACCGUUUUGGACGGCCAGGACGUUUGUCCCCGAUAUGGUCGCCAACAACCAUGGCAUGAUUGUCACUGUGACAUCGUACGCCGCCUGGCUGACGAUUCCCAACAUGGUUGAUUAUGGAGCUUCCAAGGCCGCCUCAUUGGCUCUCCACGAGGGCUUGACGGCCGAGCUGACUACGAGAUACAACGCCCCCAAGGUCCGGACGGUGAUAGUCCACCCGGGCCACACAAAGACCGCUCUCUUUACUGGCUAUGACCAAAAAACGGACUUUCUCAUGCCGCAGCUUGAGCCUGAGACUGUGGCUGACGCCGUCGUCAAGCAGGUUCUCACAGGACGCAGCGGCUACGUUGUUAUCCCGGGAUUCGGCAUGAUUCUGUCCGCUCUUCGUAUGCUGCCGGAUUGGUAUGCCAUUCCACUGAGAGCCAAGGCGCAGUCGUAUAUGAACAACUUUAGGGGUAGACAGGUGAUUGAGGACGUGGACGCCGCUUAUGAGGACGAUCAUCAUCUUAAGAGGGGCACAAAUGAUACGACUGAGAGCGCAGUGCUGGUCCCUGGCGUCUAG